CGUGAUGAUGCAGGUUGUUAACAGGAUGUAGAUUUAAUUGACAUAUAACUGGGUAGCUAGUAAAUGCCAUUCACUCUAAGAACUGACAACUCUCGGUCAAUAUGCAAGUCUCAAACUUCAUUCUGCUAUUAACUGUUGUCAUCACUGUCAUAGCACAACCAGAAUGUUUAGACGGACAACUUCGUCUUCCUGAUCAUGAAGUACCCACACUUUUUGAGUACUGUCACAAUGGAGAAUGGAGAUGGAUCUGUCAUGAUGAAAGUCAGUGGAAUAUUGAGAGAUUAGAGGCUACUUGUGGACAACUGGGAUAUUCGCAUGAAUUUGGACUAGUAAAUACCGGGGAUUCUCAGAAUGGUUCAAGAAGAGUAGUCACUCUGAGUGGCUGCAAUGGACCAAGACUAACAGAGUGUAUGGUGACACCCAAUGACAGCUGUAACUCUCUUGUGCGACUAGUGUGUACCACGGCUAACUGUGCUGGUGGUGGAGAGACAAGAUUGGUGGGUGGAUCCACUGACAGAGAGGGACGAGUGGAGGUGUGUGCUAACAGACGAUGGAGGACAGUUUGCACUGGCAGUCAAGAACUGGCAACAGCUGUUUGUUCACGAAUAGGAAUUGACAGUUUAGUAUUAGAAGGAAGCACUGUGGCAGUAACUAACUCAUUUCCUCAUGGAGCAUUUCCAGUGUACAGCCUGGAGUGCAACAGGCAGCAAUUCGAUGGAGAUUUGCGCUGUAGUCUAGUUGAAGGAUGUAACAGCUUUGUGGAGCUUGGAGUUGUUUGUAAAAAGUAUGAAGAUCUACGCAAUGAAUGUUCUAGGACUAGUACACUGUCUACAUUGUCAACUAGCGUACAAGUUACUACACCUUUGCCUACUACUACAACAUGUGGCCCUAUCAAAUCAGAUUUUAAAUCAGACUUUAAAUGUACUGGUAAUUCCACCAACCUCACUGCUGGCAUUGGUGUACUGGUGGCUCUGUUACUAGCCGUAUCAGUUGGUUGGAUAGUGUCCUGUGUUAUUCUACUCAGGAGAGGAAAGACUGUGCACAAACAACAUGUUGAUGCAGGUACUAUGUCAACAAGCAAUCAGAGCUACACACAACAGGACAUCAACACACAGCUCUACGCUGAGGCCACUUCACCUGAUACAACCUACAGUAGGCUGAACAGAAGUGAUAAACAGACGGAGAAAAUUGCUACCUACGAUUACGCUGAUCCCAACCAGAUAAGAGUAGAGCGUUCCCAAGCAACCAACCCACCACCAGUGAGUGGUGAAGCUAUCGUGAGAGAAGAGGAGUUCUACAUUGCUGAGGAUCACACGUACGCAGCUGUCAAUAAGAAAGCCAAGAAUAAAAAGAAGCCGAAGAAUGCAGAAUCUGAUGGAGAGGGAGAGAGUGAAGUCCCGCCUCCUUUUGUCAGCACCCUGGCUGAAGUGUAGGGUGGGGGUGACGGAACACUGUGAACUGAGAGUGAGUCAGACAAUUAACUUGAUACUGACUGAAUUAAAACAUUCAUAGUAGCUUUAGCUAGAGAUUGAAAACACAAUCGAUUACACCAAUACGUUAGUACACUAUUAUUGAGACAGUAAACUUUCUAAGUCACAGUUUUCAGAAGGAAGUAAAUUUUAAUUGUCAUUUCCUGUACAAAAAUACAAUAGUUGCAUGUCUUAGACAAUAUUAUUUGCAUAUAGAAAGAUCAGUCUAGCUCGUAGUCAACAUGAAAGUUUUGCACGUACUACUGCUAUCUAUCGUCACUAUUGUAUCAACUCAACAACUACAAGAAUGUUUGAAUAGACAACUUCAACAAACAAACAAAAUCUCUGGUAUCUCUGAGUACUGUCACCAUGGAGAGAAUGGACAUUCAUCUGCCAUGGUGACAGUCAGUGGAACCAAGAGAGGACAAUAUCUGCAUGCACACAACUGGGUUACAGUAACUCUGGUGGAAUAGCAGGAGGAGGGCAAUGUGGGUCUACUCAAAGAAAAGUUGUCACACUGACAAACUGCAGUGAACCAGGACAGCAUCUCACAGAAUGCAUGGCCACGGCCAGUGAAAGCUGCACUAGUACCUGUUCUAUAUUGUUUUUAACAUGCUUCCCAGCUAUCUGCACUCAUGGAGCCCUAAGACUGGUGGGUGGAUCCACUGACAGAGAGGGACGAGUGGAGGUGUGUGUGGGUGGUCGUGAGGGUGGUCGUUGGAGGACAGUUUGCACUGGCGGUCAAGCACGGGCAG